AUGCAAUUCCCCAACCUCGACAAAGCUCUACAAAGCCUUCCUCCGCCCGCCGUCGAUGUCGUGAUCGAGAACAGUUCCAUUAAGGACAACGUAGUUAUCACCGGUGGAGGGCAGUUGACACUGAAACGGGUCCCUGUCGAUGCACCGAAUGUGGAUAACGGUACUUCAGAAGUCCAAUUGCCGGGCGCUUCAGCAACGGACUCGGUCAAGCAAGAUGGAAUGGGACCUUUGCCAACGAACGAUGUCAUGGAGGAUCGCGACAAGUUGAAGGAGGGGUCGCCUGUAGUCGAAGAAGGACGAAAGACGGGCCUUGACGAUGACUCACAGGCCACCUUGGAGGAGGAAGACGCCGGACAGGAUACUCAGAGCAGCACGUCCUCUUGA